CUCAGAUCAUGCGCAGUCGGGCUGGCGCUUCUCUCGUUACUAAGCAGCCGAAGUCGGCGUCCUCGGAUUGCCGAAUUCACAGUAAAACGAAUAAAAAACAGCCGCACGAUGUUUGCGACUUUUAGUGCUCAGAUACCGAAGUUUAAGUACCUUUUUUUUACUUGAACUUUUGAUUUACAGGAUGUCCGAGCCGCUACACUGCAUAGUGAUCUAGCUAUAAAAUAUAUUCUCGCCAGUGGGUGAACCUUUCGGUUAUACUCUGUAAUUUAGAUACUGAGUUUUACUCCCCUUAUUGAUUGUUGUCAGAUUGCUGGUCCCGCCGGGUUUAGCCGAAAGAAAGAUGAAUUGAAUGGGGAAGGGAUUCAUGUCGCGUAACUUACUUUAAGAUCAACUUGCCUCAAGUUGUUCAAGCAUUAUUUCUUAGCCUUUCAUCCCCUCAUAUUAUGGCUUCGUCAAGCGAUCUUCGGGAGAAAAUUAGGAAGAAGCGGAGAGCUUUGCAGGAAUCUUUGGCUAAAAGCAAAGACGACGUGGAUACACAGGCUCUGGUCACCACGGAAAUGGAGAUGAGCAGCGACAGGGGACGGACAGAGGUGGAGGAAUUGUCUGGAAGCCAGGAGCAGCAAGUGACAACUUUGAAGCAGACUCUGAAGGCGCAGAGGAUGAGGAGGAGGAGGAAGCUUCUGGAGGACACAACUGCAGAAGCGACCCGGGGUGACCAGCCAAUGGGGACAGAGCUGUCUGAGGUUGGGGAACCUCUGGAUUCAGUAACCAAGCCCCGCUCCACUCGGCAUACCCAGAGAGAUCUGCCCCCCCUACCUGUAGAGACCCCUCUCAGGCGACGUGUGGCGGAGAAGCUGAAAGCUGCCAAGUCCAAGGCAGAGACUCUCCUACAGCAGGAGGCCUUGUCGGAGCCGACCAGUUGCCUGCAGAGUCUCCGGGACAGAGAGACCCUCACUAGGUUUGAUGUCGAGACAGACCCAAGACUCUUAAGUCGGGAGACGGGGGAGCUGUCCACUGCAGCCAGAGUGAAGUUUCAAGAUGCGGCGCACAGAGUGCGACAAAAGGCAGAGAUGGAGACAGGGUUGCCUACAGCGGAGAUGGCUUACAACUUCUUCACCUUCAACUUUGACCCGGAACCCCAAGAGGAACCUGUGAAACGACAAAAAAAAGGGAGGUCCAAAAGGCGGGACAGGGCAGAGGAGGAAGAGGAGGGGGAGGAGGAAGGCGACAGCCACGGAGAAGAGGAGGAAGCAGGAGCGGAACAAGAAGAAGAAGAACCGGAAGAGGGCAGGGAUGAAGAUGCACCCCUUGUGGGGGACCAGGGUAGCGAGCUGUUCAUCAUUGACCAGACAGCCCAGGAUUUCCUGGAGGUGAAGGCGGUAGAUUAUGUGGGGUACCACUCCCGGGUGCAGAGGGAGAGUGAGGUCCUCUUCACGCCCAGUCUGAGGACAGUGCCGGCCUCCAGCAAGGUGCCCGAGAACAGGCAGCCGCGCUACCUGGAGGACGAAGGUCUCUAUGUGGGGGAGAGGCCACCAGUGUCCCGGGUCAACCAGAACAUCCUGGAGAACCGCAUUCUGCAGCAGGAUGAGGGUAAAAAGUGGUUUGGAGAUGACGGCAGGGUGCAGGCCCUGCCUAACCCCAUCAAGCAGUCCCCUACUCGGCCUCCCCUCUUCAGCCUGGAGGGGGACCUAGACCCUGCCCUGCAGACUGUGUACAGGAAGGCGCUGAAGUCCAAGCACGCAGGCCGCUACAUCCCGGGGGCGGGGCCUGGGGAAGAGCAAAGGCACUGCCAGCUGGACGUGGACGUGGCAGGCCUCAUCUUUUCCCACCACCCACUCUUUAGCCGCGAGCACGUGCUGGGGGCCCGGCUGGCGCAGCUGUAUGACCAACACCUGGCCCGGCAGAGCCGCAACCUGACGGGACUUCUGACGGACAAGCUGAAUGGACUGAGAAAUGCUACCCGUAACAUCAAGGAUCUCCAUGGUGAGCAGGGCCUGAACAUGGCCAUGCGGCAGAGGAUGGUGGAGUACAAAGAGGAAGUGAAGAACACUAGGAUUCUGCGGGACACAGAGCAGGAGAAGGACCGGACUUUGCUGAAGAGCAUCGUGAAAGUUUGGAAGGAAAUGAAAGCACUGAGAGAGUUCCAGAGGUUCACCAACACAGCGUAUAAACUACACCUCAGGAGAGAGGUUGUUGAGCUACAAAAGGAUGAGCAGGACUUUGAGGCAGAGAUCCAAGCAGAGCUGGCGGAGCUGCGGGGAGAAUUUGAGGACGAAUACCAGAGAAAGAUGGAACAGUACAGCCAGCAGCAUGAGGAGUGGAGAACCUGGAGAAGGAAGCAGAAGGCCAGGAAGAAGAAGAAAAAGGCAAAGAUGCGUGAUGAUGGUGAGGAGGAGGAGGAGGAAGAAGAGCAAGAGGAAGAAUUUGUAGGGGACGAGCCUCCAAAGCCAGAGCUACCGGAGAAACAGGACUGGGCGCUUGCGGAGCAGCAGGUGCGGGAGAAAGCCAGCAGGUGGCGCCGGAGGCCAGGAGAGCCUGUGCUGGUGCCGGACAUCAGUCUGAGUGGUAGCAUCACGCCCACUGAGCAGUGUCCCAGGGGGGAGAUUGCCCGGCGGGAGGACGUCUCCAAGCGUUCCCUGUUUGUGAAGGUGCUCUACAAUGACAAAGAGGUCUCCAGGACAGACCGGCGGUCGCUGAGCUCGGACUUCAGGGUCCACUUUGGUCAGAUAUUUAACCUGAAGAUCGUGAACUGGCCUGAGAGCGUCCGGCUGCAGGUGUUUGAGGUGGUGGGCUCCUCCUCCUCCCUGCUGGCAGAGGUAUUUGUGCCCCUCCCAGAUACCACCGUCCUGACAGGCUCCGCCCCCUUCCAGGAGCUAGAGUUUGGAAGCAGCCAGAGGGUGGCUUUUGACCACGAGGGUGUCGGCAGUGAUGUACCAUUCUCCUUUGAGGCGGACGGCAGCAACAAACUCACCCUUCUCACCUCCGGGAAGCUGUCCUGCUGUAUCUCCUGGGCCGUGGACAAGAAUGAGGUCCCCCUGGCCCCGCCCAACUCCCAGCAGCCAUGGGGUGUCCGCAGUGGUCUGAGGCAGAUGGAUGCCAUCGCCUGCAUCGGAGCAUCGGGCCUGAGUGAUAUGAAGAAGUUGAGCAAGUGGGCAGCAGAAUCCCGGCUUGACCCAAACGACCCCAGCAACGCUAUGCUCAUGCAGCUACUCACGGUAGCCAGCAGUGGAUCUGUGCAGGUGCCUGACUACUUUCGCCUAGAGCAGCUUCAGGAGGAAUUUAAUUUCGUGACGGACGAGGAGCUACAGAGAUCCAGGAGGUUCCAGCUGCUGACACUGAGGAGCCAGGAGGUGGCAGAGUUCCGCAACUACAAGAACAUCCCCGCUGUGGAGCGUGAGGUUUCCGAGAAGAUCUUUCAGGACUAUGAGAGGAGAUUGCAGGAAGGAGAAGUCAUCGACACCAGGGAUCACCUGGAUGCACACAGGGCCCUUGUGGCCAAGUACCUGCAGAAGGUACGGGAGUCUGUUGUCAACCGCUUCCUGAUCUCUAAACACCACUUCAUUCUAUCUGAUCUGGUCCAGGAGGAUGAGGUUCCCAGCAUUGGGGUUCUGGGCCUCAACCUCUUCAAGUUAGCUGAACCCAAGCGGCCCCUGAAACCACAGAGGAAGGAGAGGAAGAAGGUUACCGCCCAGAACCUGUCUGAUGGGGACAUCAAGGUUCUCGUCAACAUCAUCCGAGCCUAUGACAUCCCCAUCCGUAAACCCCUGUCCAGCAAACCGCCAGUGGCAUCCAAGUCGGCACGGCCUUUCAAAGAGCCAUUUGCAGCUGGACAGUCAUCCCAGAAUGCCUUGCAGGGGGGCGACUGGCCUCUUAGUCAAUCACAGAUCCGGCCCUUUGUGGAGGUGUCAUUCCAGAGGACGGUAUGCCAGACCACAACUGCGGACGGUCCCAACCCCUGCUGGAAUGAGGAGCUGGAGCUGCCCUUCAGUGCCCCCAACGGUGACUACAGCACAUCUAGCCUCCAGUCAAUGAAGGAUGAGGUCUUCAUAAACAUCUUUGAUGAGAUGGCGUUUGACAUAACAGAGGAUGAGCGGGAGAGGGGCAGUUCUGUGCACACACGAAUCGAGAGGCACUGGCUUGGCUCUGUCAAGAUUCCCUUCAGCACCGUCUACCUCCAGUCAAGGAUUGAUGGCACGUUCAAGGUUCAGAGCCCAGCCGUGCUUCUAGGCUAUAGUAAGGAGCGUAGUCUGGCCAGCGAGGGAGGCUAUGACGCAGUACGCUGCUUGAGCGAGGGCUCCUUCAUCACCCUCUUCAUCACCAUCCAGCCUCAGCUCAUCCCUGGGGAGAGUGUCAGGGAAAGAAUGAAGGAGAUCAAGUUUGAUACCCAGGAGGAGGAAAGGCUGUUGCAAGCAGCUGAGGUCUUCCAGCGGGAUGCAGCUCUGUGCUUUCCCGGCCGCCCCUGCAUCACCACGGUCAUCGACAUCAAUGGGAAGGCUGUGUUUGUCACCCGCUACAUCCGUGCUCUGAGCCCACCACAGGAGCUGCUAGAUGCUUUUCCUAACAGCCCCCAAGAAACCAUGGAACUGGUGGCACGCUAUGUCUCCCUCAUUCCCUCACUGCCAGACAGUGUCUCCUUUGCUGGGAUUUGUGACAUCUGGAGCACCUGUGACCAAUUCCUGACAUUGCUGGCAGGUGAUGAAGAGGAACACGCUGUACUGUUGUGCAAUUACUUCCUGUUCAUGAAGAAGAAGGCAUGGCUCAUCAUUGGCACAGCGGUUCCGGAGGGUCCCACAGCAUACGUGCUGACCUACGAACAAGGGCACUACGUAAUCUGGGAUCCCAGCAAGGGUCAGUACUAUGGCCAGUAUGACACCUUCUGCCCUCUUCAGACUGUGGGCUGCCUGAUAAAUGCUGACAAUGUGUGGUUCAACCUGCAGCCCUAUGACACCCCAAUGAGAAUGAGUUUUGAUGUUACUAGGUCUAAACUGUGGAAACCAUUCUUCUCCAGGGCUUUUCCCAAUCCUGGGCUUUCCAGCGUGCAGCCCGAGGAGAUAGCUUACAAGCGAUCAGACAAGGCAGCUGCUGCUGAGCUACAGGACAGGAUCGAAAAGGUUCUGAAAGAGAAGAUCAUGGAGUGGCGACCUCGGCACCCAACCCGUUGGAACCGUUACUGCACCGCAACCCUACGCCACUUCCUGCCCAAGCUGGAGCUGAGUCGUGGGAGGGACGUGGGUGAGGAGCACCGGCUGGAGCUGCACAACUUGCUGGGUGACUACAGGAUCUCAGGGUUCCCCCUACACAUGGCCUUCUCAGAAUUGCAUCCCCUUGUGGAAAUGGUCUACAGCACAGGUGUGCACAACGUUGAAGCGCCCAGCAUUGAGUUCGCACUUGCAGUCUAUGUCCAUCCUUACCCCAGCAGUGUGCUCUCGGUCUGGGUGUACCUGGCCUCACUUGUUCGCACCAGAUAAGUUGGGCUUGAUAUUAGCUGAUCAUUUUUUGUAACAAAGCUAUUUAAUACAAUGAUUAAAGCAGUACUUUAAUAA